AUUGCAUGGAAGAAGAAGAUUAUUUUCUAGGAACAAAUUGUCUUGUUCAUUAUACUCCUCCACCAUCUUACCAAACUUUCCAAAGUGCUUCUCUAUUUCCUCUUCCUUCUCGUAAAAUCUCUUCUAGAUGGUAG